CCGCGCACCACCGCGCACAUGCGGACGCCGAGCCCCGCCGUCGCACGCCGGUUAUGAAGGAAGAAUGGAGUUUCCAGACCAUAGCCGCCAGUUGCUGCAGUGUCUGAGUCAGCAGCGUCACCAGGGCUUCCUGUGUGACUGUACUGUUUUAGUUGGAGAAGCUCAAUUCAGAGCUCACAGAGCCGUUCUUGCCUCUUGCAGUAUGUACUUCCAUCUUUUCUACAGGGACCAGUUAGACAAAAGGGAUAUUGUGCAUCUGAACAGUGACAUUGUCACAGCCCCUGCCUUCAGCCUGCUGCUCGAAUUCAUGUACGAGGGAAAGCUGGAAUUCAACAGUCUCCCGGUCGAAGAUGUGCUGGCUGCGGCUAGCUACCUUCACAUGUAUGACAUUGUGAAAGUCUGCAAGGGCAAGUUGAAAGAUAAAGAAUUAUGUUCGGAAGAGAAGAUUAAUGAUGAGGCGGCUAGUUUGGAGAAAGCGGAGCAUUUUCUAGACGCCGGAGUGCCCCUGGUCCACGAGUUUGACCCAGGAAACAAACAAAAAUUCAGCGUUGCAGAAUACGAGAGAGCAGCAGGCAAAGAAAAGGUCAGCAGUCACCCCGCCUGGUCCUCUGAUCAUAUAAGUGUCAGCUCUGUGCCGACAGAGGCAGAACCGUGCGCUGCAGCAGCUGGAAAAACAAAGGCUAAUGUCAAUAGUUCCACAGGACCUUUGUCCCAAAGGUCUGUUAACCAUCCCCUGGCUUCGAGUGAUGUGGACUGCGCGCUGGAUUUGUCUUUCAAGCUGCCGGGGAGAGAUUCCUUACACCCCUCCUAUGUCUUUGGACAGCUGGCUUCCGACAGCCAGCAGCAGGGUACCGAGCCACUUGUUAAAGAUGAACAAGACUUGCUGUCAGAUCAGGAGGACGGCGAAGCCAGGAGUCCGGAGAGUCAGCAUUUUGGGAAUUCAGCCAAAAGCCUAGUGACAGGGUUAGGACACAUGUUCACGGGGAAUGGCAGCUCUCAUGCCCGAGAGGAGGAUAUAGAUCAAGAGCGAGACGAUAGCGAGGACGACAUGGAUUCGUCGGAUAUCUCCUCCUCGGGUGUCCUCGUGCCUCCCGGGCAUAUCUGCAUUUGCCCCCUCUGUAGCAAGGUGUUCCCAAGCCCGCACAUCCUUCAGCUGCACCUGAGCUCUCAUUUCCGUGACAAGGACGGCUCCCGGACCCGCCUGUCCCCCGACGGGUCGGUCCCCACUUGUACCCUCUGCGGAAAGACUUUUUCUUGCAUGUACACGUUAAAGAGGCACGAGAGGACUCACUCGGGGGAGAAGCCCUACACCUGCGGCCAGUGCGGAAAGAGCUUCCAGUAUUCCCACAACCUCAGCCGCCACGCGGUGGUGCACACCAGGGAGAAACCCCACGGGUGCAAGUGGUGCGAGAGACGGUUCACGCAGUCUGGGGAUUUGUACAGACAUAUCCGCAAAUUUCAUUGUGGCCUUGUAAAGUCCUUGGUUGUUUGA